GUAGGCUCCAUAAUCGUUACAGAAAGCAGAAAGUAGGGACCGGGACCGCCGCACCCAAGACUCGUAUUAGCGAAGGAUUUUUGAGGAAAAAAGUGAAUAAAUCCGUGCAGAUUUAUCCCGGAUUAGUGACCAAUUAUUCUAUGUACUUUCUAGUGUAAAAUAAUUAAUGCAUAGUGCGCGGGACUGCCAGAAACUGUAUGUAUAUUCCUCAAUGUAUUCGUGAUUUUGUCUAACACCCUAGGAUAGUGUUGAACGGAAGCCAGAAAAAGGAGGCAGAGGCCGGAAUUUGGUUUUUUGUUCAUAGAGGUCCGCAAGCAGUAUGAACGAAUUGGAUAGUUUGAGACAGGAAGCGGAAACACUUAAAAAUGCCAUCAGGGAUGCUCGCAAAGCGGCCGCAGACACGAACCUGGCGGCCGCCACCGCGACCCUGGAACCGAUCGGGCGAGUUCAGAUGCGCACCCGACGAACCCUCCGCGGGCACUUGGCGAAGAUCUACGCAAUGCACUGGGGCUCUGACAGCCGGAAUCUAGUCUCCGCCUCUCAGGACGGCAAGCUUAUCGUAUGGGAUAGUCAUACCACCAAUAAGGUUCACGCUAUACCUCUUAGAUCGUCCUGGGUAAUGACUUGCGCAUAUGCCCCGUCGGGAUCCUACGUAGCUUGCGGAGGUUUAGAUAACAUAUGCUCUAUUUAUAGCCUAAAAACGAGAGAAGGAAAUGUGAGGGUGAGCCGGGAACUGCCCGGACACACGGGCUAUCUGUCCUGCUGCCGGUUUCUAGAUGAUAAUCAGAUCGUGACCAGUUCCGGCGACAUGUCUUGCGCCCUUUGGGACAUCGAGACUGGGCAACAGGUCACCAGCUUUCUGGGACAUACCGGCGACGUCAUGUCCCUUUCACUUGCUCCCGACAUGCGCACUUUUGUUUCAGGUGCUUGCGACGCAUCGGCCAAACUAUGGGACAUCAGGGAAGGAAUGUGCAAACAGACGUUCCCCGGCCACGAGUCGGACAUAAAUGCCGUCACUUUCUUCCCUAAUGGAUAUGCCUUCGCGACCGGCAGUGACGAUGCCACUUGCCGUCUUUUUGACAUCAGGGCCGAUCAAGAAUUGGCAAUGUACAGUCACGACAACAUAAUCUGUGGUAUCACUAGCGUGGCGUUCAGUAAGUCUGGCAGGUUACUCUUGGCAGGCUAUGACGAUUUUAAUUGUAACGUCUGGGACUCUAUGAAAACCGAACGAGCAGGUAUUUUAGCAGGACACGAUAACAGAGUAAGUUGUCUAGGCGUGACGGAGAACGGAAUGGCUGUAGGUACGGGUUCUUGGGACAGCUUCCUUCGCAUUUGGAACUAAGGGGGGCGCCAGACUAGCACACCCUUAAUUAUAAACUAACGCCAUUAUUUUUCUUUCAAUCUCACCUACAUCACUUGCCAGUGAUUUUUUUUCAGUUUUUUAAUUUUCUCUCCAUUUAAUUCUCCCUCUCUCCUCCCUCCCCCCACCGUCAUAUGUUAUUUAAAUAUGUAACAAUAUUAUCGAGACUUGAUUGAGUGGAUUGAUAAUUUCGUAGACUGAGGUGUUCAGAUUUGAUUUUUGCUUGAAGUUUACACAUCUAUAGAAUAACUUGGUAGAUUUAAAGGAUUAUAUGAUUGAGUUUUCUUUAUUUCAUGAAAUACAGUAUAAUCAAUCAUAAAACGCAUUUUUGCUUCAUUUAAUACAUGAAAUUGUCUGGACAUGAUUCUAGCACAAAUGCAUUUUACAAUAUUGCAACUUUACAUGUAAUUAUUAUAUUUUUUUAAAUUUAUAGUCUGUAUGUGUAUAUUAUAUUUUUACUUCUUUUUUUUCUUGUUCGCGGCUUUUUUUGUGCAUCCGACUAGAGUGGAUCUUUAUAAGCUUUCCUGUUAUAGAGCUAGGGCUAAGUUUCUUUUUGUGAUUAUAAUUUCCAAAUCAGUUUUAUAAUUAUUAAUUAUUAUUAGGCCUGUAUGUGUGUAUGUAUAUUUAGUGAUUUAUUUAUUGUUACAAAUCAUGUAAUUAAUUGAAUAAAUUUAGUUCAAUUUA